AUGUUAACAACAAUGAACCAAAGCGGAGAGUGCUACAUGCAACAGAGAGAGUCCAACAGUGCCCUGUAUGUAAAGAAAAUCACAAAAUAUAUGAUUGUCAUUAAAUUCCUAAAUUUUAAAGUGGAUGAACGUUGGGCUAUGGUGAAAAAGCUUCACGCUUGUUUUUCGUGUUUAAAUAUAGGACAUUCAACUCGAGAGUGCCGUAACAAGAAAAUAUGUUCUGUAGAAGGAUGCCAACGUAAACAUAAUAAAUUGUUGCAUAAGCGCACACCUAUUGCACCUGUUCCCGUACAACCGAACACUAGUAAUACGAGUGAACCUAAUCAUAAUGUCCUAAACUGCUCCAACGAUAAUAAAAAGUUGCUUUUUCGUGUACUACCAGUUACAUUAUAUGGUGAAAAAUGCAGCAUUGAUAUUUAUGCUUUAUUUGACGAUGGGUCCUCUAUAACUAUGUUAGAUAAAGAAAUUGCCGACUGCGUUGGUGUACGUGGAAAAAGUAAUGAUUUGAACAUUCAGUGGUUUGGUGGUAGAUCAGCACGAGAGCCGUCAAUGACCUUCAAUCUGAAGGUAAGUGGUGCUGGGAAGAAUAAGAGUCACCUUCUUAAAAACGUGUAUGCAGUUUCAAAUUUGAAUUUACCAAUGCAAAGCCUGAGUGAGGAUGAAAUUAAAGUGAGUCUAAAACAUUUAUCGAAUAAUUCUAUAAAGCCAUAUACAAACGUAGUGCCAAAGCUGUUAAUUGGUCUUGACCAUGCCCACCUAGUGUUGCCAUCGAGCAUAAAAAUAGACAAUUUAUCUGGACCAUUUGCGUGCAACACAGAAUUAGGUUGGGUCGUAUUUGGGCCAUGUAAAUCACUGUCGCCUGCACCACAUUCGUGUCUUUUUGUACAUGCUGAAAAAGAGCAAGAGAUCUACAAGAUGGUUGAAAAUUAUUUCAAUAUUGAAAACAUAGGCGUACGAGCUGCUCCUCCAAUUGAAAGCGAUGAUGAUGUCAGAGCAAAAAGAAUUCUUCAUGAAUCAACAAAGCGUAUUGGUAAUCGUUUUCAAACAGGCCUAUUAUGGAAAAAUGAUAAAAUAGAGUUGCCAGAUAGUUACCAAUUAGCACUUAGCCGUCUUGAAGGUAUUGAAAAGAAAAUGCGACGUGAUUUAAACUUUUCUGCAGCCUACAGUGAAGUAAUAAAUGGAUACAUAGAAAAAGGUUAUGUUCGUAAAGUGCCGCCUGAAGAUAUCUGCCUGAUAUCAGAAAAGAAGUGGUAUUUACCACAUUUUGGAGUAAUAAACCUUAAUAAAGAAAACAAAAAAAUAAGAUUGGUUUUUGAUGCUGCAGCAAAAGUAAAUGGAACGUGUUUAAACGAUAAUUUGCUAAAAGGUCCUCAAUAUAUUUCGUCAUUGACCGCCAUUUUAUAUAAUUUUCGAAGCGGAAAAGUUGCCGUCUGUGCAGAUAUUCGUGAAAUGUUUCACCAAGUCAUCAUACAGCCGAGUGAUCGAAUAUCUCAACGUUUCCUAUGGAGAAAUGGUGAUCAAAGCAAAAAACCAAAUGAAUAUGAAAUGUUGGUUAUGAUUUUUGGAGCCGCAUGCUCACCUUGUUCGGCCAUACACGUAAUGAAGACUAACGCUAAAGAACACAAUGAUUGUAAUCCCAGAGCAAUAGAAGCCAUAUUAGAGCAUCACUACAUGGAUGAUUUUGUAGAUAGUUUUGACUCAAUCGAAGAGGCCAUCGAAAUUUCGAAGCAAGUUCGAGAAAUUCAUAAAAAUGGAGGUUUCGAACUCAGAGGCUUUAUUUCAAACUCGAACAGGGUCUCCCUGGCCCUAGAUGGAGCUUCAGCAUCCAAAACUAUUCCAUCCAUUAACAACACGGAAAAGGUAUUGGGCCUUUACUGGGAUCCAGUCUUAGAUGCAUUUAUGUUUAACUUGAAAUUUAAUAAAGUCGAUCAAGAUGUCAUAUCUGGAAAGAAAAAGCCUACAAAACGUCAAGUAUUAAGCGUUAUUAUGUCAACGUUUGAUCCUCUAGGAUUUUUAGGCUAUUUUAUUGUCGGGGGAAAAUUGGUACUACGCAGCAUAUGGAAACGUGAUGUCAGGUGGGAUGAGCCGAUACCUGACGAUAUCAACAUUGCCUGGGAACGAUGGAGGUCACAACUGAAAAAUAUCUCUAAUUUUCGUUUGCCACGAUUUUAUUACCCCCCUGGUAAGAUUAAACAAAUCCAAUUACACAUAUUCGUGGAUUCUAGUGAAGAAGCAUUUGCCGCUGUAGCUUAUUGGAGAUUUGUUGCCAUGGAUGGAACUAUUGAAGUAAGUUUUAUCUGCUCGAAGACCAAAUGCGCGCCCUUAAAAAAGAUUUCGAUUCCCCGCCUAGAAUUACAAGCCGCAGUUCUUGGAACAAGAAUAAAACAAAAUGUGAUUAAUGAGCAUAAAAUUGUACCAGAAACGACAGUAUUAUGGAGUGAUUCGACAACAGUAUUGAAAUGGAUAUCGAGUAGCCAUAGAAAUUAUAAGUCGUAUGUAGCCCAUAGAAUAGCAGAAAUACUAGCGUCAACUAAUAUUGAUAACUGGAAAUGGGUCGCCACUAGAGACAACGUAGCCGAUGAUGCCACUAGAAGUUAUAAUAAUAUAAUAAUCAUCCCGAUGGAAAAACGGUCCAAAGUUCCUGGCACAAAAUGA